AUGGCCAAUGAAGCACAAGAAGGGGUCCGCAUCCUUUACUUGAAUCAGCUAGAAGAAAGCGCGAUGGCGAGACCCACAGCACAAAAUGAUACGCAGCCACGCCGCCCCUACAAGAAAGAAACCAUGAUGCCAAUAGUUGAAAAGAUCAAAAGAAGCUACGACGUUGUCUUGAAGGCUGAGCUAGAUGAAAUUCGCGAUGCAGAACAAGAGAUCGGAAGAGCUAGACCGCUCCAUGACCAGGCAAGAGACGAAAUGAGGAAUGCUAUCAUGGAAUCGCACGCGAGGUCAGACAACAACGAGAAGAAACCCGAAAUUGGAUUCAGCAGCAAUUUGAUAAUGCAUUGGCAGAAAUCUCUGACAUGA